GCUGUAACUUGCUGUGUUGAAGGUGCGCAACGAUUGGUUGGAUCUCCGGGUUCCGGUUUGGGUGAGGGACAUGCAGUUCAUCCCAGCUUCCGACAAACUCGUCACCUGUACAGGACAUAGCCAGGUCCGUGUCUACGACCCCAGUGCUCAGCGCCGACCUGUCCUGGAGAUGACCUUUGGCGAGUAUCCAUUAACUGCUCUCUCCCUGACGGCUGAUGCCAAUUCGGUGGUGGUGGGUAACACGCAUGGACAUCUGGCUGUUCUGGACCUCAGGAAAGGGAGGCUGCUCCGGUGCCUGAAGGGGCAGGCGGGGAGCGUGCGCAGCAUCCAGUGUCACCCAUCCCUGCCGCUGGUGGCCUCCUGUGGGCUCGACCGCUUCCUGCGCAUACACAACGUGGCCGACAAGAAGCUGCAGUUCAAGGUUUACCUCAAGUCCCGGCUCAACUGCCUCCUCUUCACCAGCCAGGAGAACUGGGAGCGGGAGGACGCGGAGCCAGGGGUGGGAGCGAGAGUGAAGGAGGAGGAGGAGGAGGAGGCCGACGACAUCUGGGACUCCAUGGCGACGGUCGGCAGCCGGGCCGAUUCGAAGAGGAAGGCGGAGCGGCCGGAGGGCGCGGAGAGGAGGGCGAGGCGGAGGAAGGCAGUCCGCGAUUCCGAGGUGUAACCCGAGGAGGAAUGGGAAUGCCGUGUAAAUGGAGUGUUUUUUUUAAACUGCAUCUCGCCAA